UGUGUGUACAAGCCGACAAACGUCAAACGUGAAAAAAAGCAGAGAAGUGCAACAAGAAGUGAAUGAUAUAAAUGUGAAGUCGUAAAGACAUGAUAAUUGGACUCUGCACGCGUGAGAGAAAUUGGAGAAACAUGAUACCCUAGCCUUGUAAAACGCCUUUGAGUCAAUCAAAGCCCUACGGCGUGCGAAAUAACGCUGUUCCGAAUCUUUGACAUAACCUAAAAACCACAACCAGCAGUCAUGCAGAAAGAACCGAAGCCGGGUGCGCUGAAAUCUAACAGCGCAAAGAAAACACGAAAUCCUGGCACACCUGAGAAUCGCUCGCGGAACUCAUCGCACGAUGUCACGAUUUCAGCGUUGAAUCGCACAACGAAUUUCCGACACAGAACUACUAUGUCUUCUAAUGAUAUAAUGAUUCCCCCAGGUCUGGUGACGAAAAGACGCACAGGGGCCGCGGCCAGACUCAACAUGACUUUAGCCCAGCCUCCGUCACAGGUUCCUAUGAAAGCGGAGCCCGAAUAUCCUGAAAAUGAGCUAAGUCUUCUCUACGAUAAGUACCUGCGAGCUACAGCGGCUGAGAUUCUAGUUAAGAAGAAAAUUGCUGAAAAGGAACAUGCGAUGACUGAUCAGAUGGUUGCCGUUUCAAGCGAGAGACAGAUUGCCAAGGAAAAGGCGGAGGCGGCCAAACUCAGGGAAAGUGAAUUGAGAAGCGCAAAUGUAAUGCAAGGCAGAAUUGACGCCCAGAUGGCGGAUAUUACCGCGUGCUUUGAUGACCUUCGCAAAAAUAAGGUGAAGGAAAAAUUAUUGGACCUAAAAACGCUGCUCGAACCGUUAGACGAACUGCAAUGCCAAGGUAUUGUCAUUCCCAACAAUCCAGAGGACAGCUGGGAGUUUUUUAAGAGCCUGGAAGACAUUGGCGAGGUAUUGAAGUGCAUGAGGGAGUCAAACGGCAACAAGGAAUCCACAUACCGAGAUCUUGCGGACGGAUUAAAGAGCUUGACCGACAAACAUGCGGAAAUCGAAUGCGUGAAAAAAAAAUUCGACGAGACUCUCUGCGGACUCCAAGUUCUCGUUCUAAAGGAAGCCUCUGCAUCUCUUGCUGACAGCGAUGCCGACGUUUCCUGCAACGUUCUAGCUGACUGACAUUAAAAGUUGAUUUCUACCUGUCUCAGUGCGUGUUCAUACCGAUGAAAAUUAUUCAAAUAUAGCUAUUAAGAAUUUAAUAUUAUAUAUUUUGUACAAAUUCUCCUUUUAUAAUAAAUU